AUGUCGGUAAAACUGGAGAAGGAGGCGGCCAAGUCGGCAGGUGGAGGCAUGGCAACUGUUACCCAAGGGAUUCAUAUGAUCAGGGAAGGAAAGAAAGAGCUAGUACACGAACUGGGAGUUGCAUUGACCGGCGGAAAGGAUAGUAUUGGUCAGGGUGGGUAUUUGACGGCUUAUUUACAACAACUCCAAACAAACCCGCUCCGUACAAAAAUGCUUACCUCGGGAACUCUCUCUGCGCUACAGGAAGUAGUAGCUUCAUGGGUUGCAAAGGACCGUAAUAGGGAGGGGCUAUAUUUUACGUCUCGGGUUCCUAAGAUGGCUGCAUAUGGUGCGUUCAUUAGUGCGCCACUAGGACAUGUCUUGAUCAGCAUUCUUCAAAAAGUGUUCACGGGUAAAUCCAGCCUGAAAGCGAAGAUACUACAAAUAAUAGCGAGCAAUUUAAUAAUUGCUCCGAUACAGAAUAGUGUAUACCUAAUAUCCAUGGCAAUCAUUGCUGGCGCCAAGACUAUCCAUCAGGUUCACGCGACCUGGAAAGCUGGCUUUAUGCCUGUUAUGAAAGUCAGUUGGAUUUCAUCACCGCUUGCACUUGCGUUCGCCCAACAAUUUCUCCCAGAGCACGCCUGGGUACCAUUCUUUAAUAUCAUAGGAUUCUUCAUCGGAACUUAUGUAAAUUCUGUGACCAAGAAGAAGCGUCUUGCGGCCUUGCGUAAAAAACAUCAUGAUGAUAACCGAAAAAUUCGACCUGAUGACGGCUACGGUGGGAAUCCAAAAUACUAG